CUUCAUUUCCCUACGUUUUUCAUUCGCAUUAUUGGCCCUUUUUUUUCUUUUAUUCAACCGACCGACCACUUCGACUGUUGCUCAAGCUUGUUACUGUAAAACGUCACCUUAAACUUGUUCAGUAACACAUUCGCCAAACACAAUGAAUCCGAAUGCAGAAUUUCAACCGUUUUCUCAUGAAUACUCUGCCGAUGACUUUUACACUGUAUCGACGGACGCUCACCUUGAUGCUACUCCUGUUGAUUACCAUUAUGCAAUCGAACCCGAUGAUCUGGAAGACGAGCAACAAGAACGGGACGCCGUCACCCAGACAAUGUACGCCAACGGCAUUGAUAUGCAAGGCAUUCGUUGGAACAAGCAAGGGAUAGCAAGGGAAGCCUACCGCGAACAAAGGUCAAAGCAAUACAUCAACUAUCUCAGCCUUAAAAAGGACGAUGAGGAUGAUACCAUCGAACACAAGAUCAGAACUCAAAAAUUGAACACUGUGCGUCAACAUGAUGUAUAUUAUAAUUUCAAGUUUAGCAAGUUGAGCGAGCGUUGCAGUAUUGGUCAUUUUCAACUACGGAACCUUUUGUGGGCCACCAGCAAGAAUUACGUUUAUUAUACCAGUAAUGAUUGUAUUCGACAAUGGUGCCCAUCUCUGCGGCAAAGCCGGAACGUUCUCGAUUUAACAGUCGCGAAUAUUCCCGGAAGUCUGGCGGUCAAGAUCAGCAGCAUGGCGUGUGCACACGACAUCUUACUGGUGGGCGGAUUUAUGGGGGAAGUGGUUUGCAAGCGUCUCGAUGACAUCAAUAGCAAUAUGCAUUAUGGGCGUAUUACGGAUCACACCAAUGGGAUUGCCAAUCACAUCGCCAUCAUUCCCGGGAAAGCACGAGGAACAAAGGCUAUCAUAUCGAGUAAUGAUCAGCAUGUACGGUUCAUGAACCUCGAUACCAUGGCGAUAGAAACCAAUUUAGAAUUCCCAUUUCCUGUCAAUUGUGCAUCGCUGGCGCCGGAUCAGCAGCUACUCUGUAUCGUGGGGGAUUCAACCGAAACAAGAAUCGUAGACACCUGCAGCAGGACAACCGUCAUUACACUAGAUGAACAUCAUGAUUUCUCAUUUUCAUGUUGUUGGAGCCCAAAUGGAUAUACAUUGGCGACGGGGAAUCAGGAUAAGACGACACGGAUAUAUGAUAUUCGAAAUCCUUCCAAAGCACUGCAUGUGCUUGGAGCCAAAAUUGGUGCGGUCCGAUCGCUCCAUUUUUCAAAUAAUGGAAAAUAUCUGGCGGCAGCGGAACCGAUUGACUUUGUGCAUAUAUAUGAAACUUCAACAUUCACAUCGAGUCAGGUGAUUGAUAUGUUUGGUGACAUUGCUGGAAUCGCUUUCACGCCGGACGACGAGAGUUUUUAUAUUGCGAAUACGGACGACCGCGUGGGCGGUCUCUUUGAAUUCCAGAGGCGAUCUUCGCAGUUUGACGCUUCUCUUUUCUACUGAAUCAUCCAUCUGCUCUGUUUCUUCUACCAUAGCCAUAUUGUGUGCGACAUACUUUCCAGGUUCAUAAAACUGUACAUUUUAUUACCUUCCAUCCUACUUUAUUUCAUUCUUCCUUUAUUUAGAUACAAUGCUUCUUAUGGCCAUACCAUUGAUCCUAUUCUUUUUUGUGGGAAUAAAAAACAGACAUAGUGCAGCUCAUGGUUAGCCGUAAAAAAUGGAAUAUUUGCAAGUGAAGUAGGGCUUCAGUCCAUGGCGGAGAAAAAGGGCCUACAAUUAUUUUGUUAACUGAGCUGUGGUGGACUUUAUGCGAACCGGCAGUGGCACAUGAUCUGGCCCAAAAUGGAAUUUCACUAGAGGUUCUAUUCUCCGACGGGUUAGUGCAUUCACUCAGAUCUCAGAUAUUCAGCAUCAC